AUGUCGCUUUACGAGGUCUGGCAAUCCGCUGCGGGCAGCCCUUUCCAGCCCACGGUUGGGAAGGAGAGCCAGCUGUUUGUUGGACUGGCACUGUUGCUCAUCGGCGUGAUAUUCACUGGAUUGUUCGCCUUGAACAAAAGCCCUUUGUCGUUACCUAUCUUCGGAGUACCUGCUUCAGUGGCUUUCGGAUUUGGUGCUGUCUAUGCAAUCUGUGGAUUUGGGGUAUACGUCUGA